UCUCGUACAUAUGGUCAGUAUACGUUACGACGCGGCACAGUGAACCGGUCUGGAAAAAUCGUAUCGACCGCAGCGAGUUAUUUUCGUGUUUGUCUCAAAAAUACAAAGUAUCUCGAAUCAGCAUUGUGCGUAUGUUGUGCGCGAGUGAGCGCGCGGAAAAAUGUUCGAGUCCAGUGACGGAUUCGAUGGAGAAGAAAAAUUGAAGAGCAUACGAGAAAGUGUCAAUUGGGAGAUCGAAGAUGAGCGACGGGCAUUUGUCUGGCAAUUUUACCGUUUGAUCUGCAAUUGGAAGGCACAACUCCCAAAUCUUCGAGAAAUUUAUCAAAACGAUGAAAUAGAUUGGGUGAUAGCGGAGUGCGUGAGAGAGCUGAACUACCAAAAACCGGGCAUCCCGUACGAGGCAAAGUUUCAACUCAUUGAUUUCGUGGCUCGUACCGGCUACAAAUACAAGCCCGAGCUCGACGAACGCGGCGAGCCGUUGCUGAAUCAAACCACCGCGAUUCAUCGCGCGGCCAGAAACAGAUGCUUCUCCGUCUUUCCGGUUCUCUUUGAAAUAUACGACGGGCACGACGCGAAUUACAUGGACGUCGAGUCGGGCCUGACGCACUUCCACGUGGCCUGCAUGUACGGCCGCGAAGACGUCGUUGAGAAAUUCCUCCGGCUCGGCGACGAACGAGGCCAGCCGUUGCAGCUCGACGCCAUGCGGGACAAUGAAGGUAAAACGCCGCUGUACCACGCCGUAUCCAACGGCCACGACAGGAUAUACGAGGAGCUGUUGAGACGAGGAGCCGAUCCGAAUUCGGCCGAUGCGCAAGGCCGGGCAGCUCUGUACAAUUUGUGCCAUGUCCACGUGAUCGAGAGGUUUUUGGAGCUCUGCGACAAGUUCGAUCGGAGGGUGCGGAUCGACGCUCGGGACAAUGAAGGUAACACACCGCUGCACUGGGCAGUGCACGAUAACCACAAGAAGGAGGUGGCCGAGCUGCUGCUGAGACUGGGAGUCGAUCCGACCCUGGUCAAUGCCGAGGGAACGACAGCUCUGCACGUCGUUUGCGCGAGAUACAACGACGAUUUUUACCCGUCGAUGUUGCUCGAGUACGUGAAGGAGAAAUGGAAGUCGACUUACGUCAAUGCCGAGGACGAUAAGAGCAACACACCGCUGCACCUGGCGCUGGACAAUAACCACAGGAAGGUGGUCGAGUGGCUGAUUAGACAAGGAGCCGAUCCGACCACAGCUAAUAUCGAGGGAUCGACACCUCUGCACGUCGUUUGCACGAGAUACAACGACGAUUUUUACCCGUCGAUGUUGCUCGAGUACGUGGACGAGAAAUCGAAGCCGUUGUUUGUUAAUGCCCAGGACAAUGAGGGUAACACACCACUGCACUUGGCGCUGGACUACAAUCGUACCCGUCUGGCCGAGUGGCUGAUGAGAAACGGCGCGAAUAGAAAUUCGACCAAUGCCAAGGGGGAGACUCCUCUGCACGUCGCUUGCAAGCAUUACCCCGCUAGACACCUGGUGAGUGCGUUUUCUCGAGUUAACGCUCGGGACAAGGAAGGUAACACACCGCUGCACUUGGCUCUGGACAAUGGCUUGAUCGACACGAUUGAGUCGCUGCUGAGAAACGGCGCGGAUCCAAAUUUAUCCAAUGCAGAGGGACGGACACCUCUGCACGUUGCUUGCGACAGAGUCGUCAAGGACGAUAGCUUGAUAGAUCUGUUUUUCAAGGUCAACGACGAGUUGAAUCGGACGGUGCGCGUCGACGCCCGCGACGACAAGGGCAACACAGCCCUGCAAUUGGCCGUGGAAAAUGUUUUUCCGUCCGCGGUCGAUGUUCUCUUGAAUCGCGGCGCCGAUCUGACCGAAUUCGUUUUUCCCUCGGCGACGUGCUUGAUCGAUAAAUUUCGUGCGAGGGUGAGCUCUAUCUUUUACGUUUGGUACGAAAGUAAAUUAAGACUAGUGGUCAGCGCGCUGAUGUGCGCCGAGCGUCUCGAGGUCGCAGGAUACCGGCUGGACCGAAGCGCCGCCCUGACGAUCAUGAAAUUGUUCGCCGAGUACGAACUGUUCGAGAGAUCGCCGUCGGACGAUCAGCAAAAACUGUUGUGCGACGACGCGGUGUUCGUGUACAAAGCAAAGCGAAUAAUGACGAAGCCGAACCUGUCUGUCUACGAUCUGGUUCGAUUGAAACCCGAGGAGGAGGAUGAACUGCUCACGUACGCGGACUACUUCGAUUUACCGGAACGAUUGCGGGUUCUCUGCGGCUACCCGUAUGACAUUAGCCGUUGUGCUUUGCAUCUGUGGGAAAAGAUGUCGAGAGGAUUUUUCCAGCGCUGGACGUUGGAUCCUUUUAGGGAGCUGAUAAAUUACCGGCUGCCUCUUGAGUUCUGCGAGAAGAUCCUCGAUCGGCUCGCGAACGAGGAUUUAUUUAACAUUUGCUUGGCGGCUGCGGGUCAGAACGCGUGAU